AUGGAGGCUCUUACGAAGUCUCUUGUCCGUCCGCCGCUAUGCGCCUCGGCGUCGCUUUCCAGCCAGCAGUCAGUCGCCGUCAAAUCGUCCUCUCGCGGCGGAUCCUCGUCUUCGUUACCGUCAGUUUCCAAGGCCGUUCCUCUGACCGCAAACCGCUCCUCAUCGAGCCGCACCGUCAGGACUUUCGCGCUUCCGAGCGAUGAUGACGCCAUCGCCUUAAAUUCCGGAAAGAGUCUGGAGGAGCUCGAGGAGACGAUUCGCCGAAUCGCGGAGGAGAACGAGCAGCUACGAGCUCGAGCCGCGGCCGCCGCGGCCAAUGCGCGCCGCGCCGAGACCGCCUUUAAAGGGGAUGUCGACGUGUCAAGGCCGCGCUUGGGCGCCGUGCCGCCGCCGCCUCCGCCGGAGUACGCGGCAGCGCCUGUGGUCGAAUAUUUGGAUACGACUGUAGGGGGAGUGCCUGCAGAGGAGGUUGCUGCAGUCGAAGCUGAAUACCUCGUCGAAGAGGCAGAGGCGGAGGGCGCGCGGAGCUGGCAGGAGGCGGUGGCGGCGGCGGAGGAGCAGGAGGCCGCCACGUCAGCAGCGGCGGAUGGCAACCCCGAGAUUAUCGCAGCAGGCGGGAUCGAGCCCGUUCAGAAGACGGAUAACCCCAUGAGCAUUGUGUUUGUUGCAUCCGAGGUAGCUCCCUAUUCCAAGACGGGCGGGCUGGCGGACGUGGUGGGGUCGCUGCCCGUAGCGCUGGCAGCGAGGGGGCACCGUGUGAUGGUGGUGGCGCCGCGCUACAUGAACGGCGUCACUGACAAGCUCUACGCGGGGGCCUUCGACAUGCAGUGUCGCAUCAAGUGUUUCUGCUUCGAGGGUGCGCACGAGGUGGCCUUCUUCCACGAGUUCAGAGACGGCGUUGACUUUGUGUUUGUCGACCAUCCAUCGUACCACCGCCCCGGCACGCCCUAUGGCGAUCAGAACGGCACGUUUGGCGACAACCAGUUCCGCUUCACGCUGCUGUGCCAUGCGGCGUGCGAGGCCCCCCUGCAGCUGGAGCUGGGCGGGUUCACGUACGGGGAGAAGGUCUUAUUCAUUGCCAACGACUGGCACGCGGGGCUGCUGCCCGUCCUGGUCGCAUCCAACUACCGCCCCCACGGCGUCUACAAGGAUGCUCGCACCAUCCUUGCCAUCCACAACCUCUCCCACCAGGGCGUGGAGCCAGGCUACACGUUCGGUGGUCUGGGAGUGCCGGGCGAUUGGUACGGGGCGCUGGAGUGGGUGUUUCCCGAGUGGGCGCGCAAGCACGAGUUGGACAAGGGCGAGGCGGUGAACAUCCUCAAGGGGGCCAUUGUGACUGCCGAUAGGAUCGUGACAGUCAGCCCGGGCUAUGCCUGGGAGAUAACAACAGUUGAGGGCGGGUGGGGACUGGAUGGGCUGCUCCGGGGGCGAAGCUUCGUGCUCAAUGGAGUGACCAACGGGGUUGAUGUGGUGGAUUGGAACCCUGCUACAGACAAGCACAUUCCCUCGCAGUACACCGCUGCUGAUAUGGCCGGCAAGGCAGCAUGCAAGGCGGCACUGCAGCAGGAGCUGGGUCUGCCUGUCCGACCUGAUGUGCCUCUGAUUGGGUUCAUUGGGCGACUGGACUGGCAGAAGGGCCCGGAUGUGAUUCAGGCAGGAGUGCCAGAGCUCAUGACAGAUGACGUGCAAUUCGUCAUGCUGGGCAGCGGAGACGCGGAGUAUGAGUCGUGGAUGGCCUGGGCAGAGGGCGAGUAUCGCGACAAGUUCCGCGGCUGGGUGGGCUUCUCCGUGCCCGUGGCUCACAGGAUAACUGCGGGCUGUGACAUCCUGCUCAUGCCGUCACGCUUUGAGCCGUGCGGGCUGAACCAGCUGUAUGCCAUGCGAUACGGCACCAUCCCUGUCGUUCACGCCACUGGCGGGCUGAGGUCCGCGAUGGCGACCGCCGCUGUUUCCCACCUUUCCCGGCGGGCCGCUCUUUGCACAGCCAUGAGAUCUCAAUCCGCCUCUCGUCAGCAUCUACCGUCAUUUCCUGGACCGCCUCACGCCGCGCAUUCUCAUCGCCGUCAUCACGCUGUCGUCAGCUUCCGUCGCUCGUCGCUCGCAGGAAUCGCACGAGUGACAACAUCGAGAGCCAGCCCAAGCCGCACAGCCGCCACGCGGUCUCUCUCCAGGCGCUUUUCGCCCGCGAUUCGCGCCUUCACAAAUCAACCGGACGCGGCGCGACCCGGCAGCAAGGCAUCCCGGAUCGCGGCAACAGACGCGGCUCCCUCCCUCCUUGACACGUCCCGACGACAAGCCGCCGCCGCCGCUGCACGUUCCCCUGCCGCCGCCGCCGCUGCACGUUCCCCUGCCGCCGCCGCCGCCGCCGCCGCCGCCUCUGCCGCUGCUUCUGCCGCUGCUUCCACUACAGCCGCCGCUGCCGCGGCGCUCGAGGACUCGCUGUCGAGUCGCGGUAUUCCCGAGGCGUAUUCAACGGACGCGCAAAUCCUGCGCGGCGAGGUGGAAGGAUUUGCGGGGAUGAACGAGGAGGGCGAGUGGAUUCUGCUGUUGCCGUCGGGUCGCAAGCGCCAGUACCCGCGAAAGCGCCACUCGAAACCCCGAGUCCCUCUUGCCGUUGACGCCGUUGACUCCGUUGACCCCGUCGACGUUGACUCUGUUGACCCCGUUGACGCGUCCUUAGCCAUGCUGGACGAGCUGCUGUCGCAGCACCCGACAAACCCCCAAGUCCAGGAGCACAUGGCUCUGGCAGAACGCAAAGCAGGCAACACUGCAGACGCGAGGGCGUGGUACCGCCGCAGCGCCCAGGUCUACGAGGCUGCUCUGGCUGUCGCCAGUGACUCGCUCUCACGAGACUCACGGGACGCUUCUGUCUCUUCUGUCAGCUACCACGGUGUUGCAAGGCAUGCAGUCGCGCGGGAACUGGCAGAGGUGCGCCUGGUGGAGCAGGUUAGUGGAGGUGCGGCGGCAGAGGAGGCUGGGCACCUGAGGGACCAGUGGCACCUGAGGAAUCACCUGGGGCGGUGCUUGCAGGCGUGGGCGGGGAUGGAGGCGGAGGAGGGCGACAUGGCUGCCCGGAACCUGCUGGAGCAGGCAGAGAAGCUUCAGCCGGGCAGCCCAGUGGUUCUGCAGUCACGCGCCCUCCUAGAAGCUUCUGUGAAGAACCUGGGUGCAGCGCGGUGCUAUUUCAAGAAGGCCACUGCUGCUGCUCCUCUUGACGCUGCUUGCUGGCAGGCAUGGGCCCUCCUUGAGGCAAAAUCUGGUCGAGUCGACUGCAUGAGGUCCCUGUUCCGCUCGGCCCUAUCAGCCAACCCCAAGUCCAUUCCCACUCUGCACGCAUGGGCGUGUCAGGAGGCCCGCCUAGCCACACCCGAGAGCCGAGAGACGGCCAGGGGGCUGUUCCGGAAAUGCUUGGAGGUGCAGCCUGGGUGUGUGCGGGCGCUGCAGGCGUGGGGUGUGAUGGAGCACGCAGCAGGGGAUGUUGAGGCAGCGAGGAGGCUGGCUGCCUUGUUGUAUGGUCGUGCGAGGGUAGUGCGCGGGGGUUGUGAGGGUAGUGUGAGCUGUACUAUGCCACAUCUCCCUCCACAUCUCCCUCCACAUCUCCCUCCACAUCUCCCUCCACAUCUCCCUCCACAUCUCCCUCCACAUCUCCCUCCACAUCUCCCUCCACAUCUCCCUCCACAUCUCCCUCCACAUCUCCCUCCACAUCUCCCUCCACAUCUCCCUCCACAUCUCCCUCCACAUCUCCCUCCACAUCUCCCUCCACAUCUCCCUCCACAUCUCCCUCCACAUCUCCCUCCACAUCUCCCUCUCAUGCCUUCUCAACACUCAUGCCUUCUCAACACUCAUGCCUUCUCAACACUCAUGCCUUCUCAACACUCAUGCCUUCUCAACACUCAUGCCUUCUCAACACUCAUGCCUUCUCAACACUCAUGCCUUCUCAACACUCAUGCCUUCUCAACACUCAUGCCUUCUCAACACUCAUGCCUUCUCAACACUCAUGCCUUCUCAACACUCAUGCCUUCUCAACACUCAUGCCUUCUCAACACUCAUGCCUUCUCAACACUCAUGCCUUCUCAACACUCAUGCCUUCUCAACACUCAUGCCUUCUCAACACUCAUGCCUUCUCAACACUCAUGCCUUCUCAACACUCAUGCCUUCUCAACACUCAUGCCUUCUCAACACUCAUGCCUUCUCAACACUCAUGCCUUCUCAACACUCAUGCCUUCUCAACACUCAUGCCUUCUCAACACUCAUGCCUUCUCAACACUCAUGCCUUCUCAACACUCAUGCCUUCUCAACACUCAUGCCUUCUCAACACUCAUGCCUUCUCAACACUCAUGCCUUCUCAACACUCAUGCCGCCCCCCACUCACCUCGCUCCCUCGUCGCCCUCUUACCUCACAAACAUAAGCAUGCUUGGAGCGGCAGCAGGGGGACUAUCCAAGGCCCGUACCCUCCUAGAGCCCAUCCAGGCAACGCUGCAGUGCUACAGCUGGCAGCAGAGGUGGAGGAGGCACUGGGGAAUGCAGCAGCAGCGCAUGAGCUCUUCGUGCGGGCACACCCCAACAAUAAUCUCUCCCCUCUCCGCCCCUCCCCCCUUGCUUUACCCGCUCCCCCCACCCCAUUCUGCUUUCUCGCCUCUCUUUCCUCACAGGCAUACGCAUGCUUGGAGCGGCAGCAGGGAAACCUAAUCAAGGCCCGUUCCCUCUUACAGCUGGCCCUCUCAGCCCAUCCAGGCAAUGCAGCAGCACUGCAGCAGGCAGCAGAGGUGGAGGGGGCACUGGGGAAUGCAGCAGCAGCGCAUGAGCUCUUUGUGCGGGCACACCGGGCGGAUAGGAUGGUUGCGAGGCGCAGACGGGGGAUGUAUGAGUCGGCGAAAGAGGGGAGGAGAGAGGCGCAGGAGAGAGGGGUGGUGCCGCGGUGGGUGGUGGGGAAGAUGAGGGAGCGGUGGGUGAAAAGGAGAGAUGGAGGGAGGUGA